AUGACUGGGCAGCCUGAGGAGUGGGGUGACGCCAAGGGCGGUAGCAGCAGGCGCUCAGCCCAAGGAGGGGCCCUUUGGCGACGGGGUGGGGGCAUCCUGCAGAGGCCCCCCCCCCGCAACCUCCCGCGGGCUUCCUCUGCGCCCCAAGAAUGGAUUGCGGAGCCCCGCGGGAACCAGAGGCCCGCUGCACCCCUACUGCCUCCUGCUGUCUCCGAGUGCGGUCCUACGCCUGAUGCGGGCUCCGAUCUCGGGGACACCCCCAGGCACCUGCGCACCGGGGGCGGGGCCGGGGAUGGGCUUCCCCCAGCACCGGGUCCCGCCGGAGCCAGGGCUGGCGGAGCGCCCCCUCCGGGCCGGAGGCGGAAGGCCGCGCCCCCUGUCCCAGGCCGCGGCCCCGGCCGGCCCCCAGGCCACGCCCCCGGGCCCCAGGCCACGCCCCUAUCCCUAGGCCUGGGGCCUGCUGAAGGCCACGCCCCAGUCAGGCCACGCUCCCUAGACUCCAGGCCACGCCCCUAUCCCCUGGCCAAGGGCCUGGUGAAGGCCCCGCCCUGUCGGGCCACGCCCCUUCGAGGCCACGCCCCCUGCCCCUGCCACCUCGCGGGGGGCGCCGGACGAGGCUCGCCGCGCGCCACCGGUCUGGCUCGCAGCCGGCCGGCCUCGCUAGUCCUACAACACUGCCGGGGCGCGGGGAAGGAGCGACAGGAGCGCAGGGACCCGCUGCCGCUGUCCUCCGCGCGCCUCCCCGGCCCCCCUACACCUCUCCCCCCGCCCCAUGCACUGACCCCCAGGCUCCUGGGGAGGGGUGCGGGCCCUGGCGGCCCUCCAGGACCGGCUCCCCCUGGUUGA